CGCUCUGAGCGCCGCAGGCUGGCCGCACUUAUGGCUGCUCCCAGCAAGGCGGUGAUCGUCCCGGGGAACGGCGGCGGGGAUGUGGCCACCCACGGCUGGUACGGCUGGGUGAAGAGAGGACUGGAGCAGAUACCUGGUUUCCAGUGUUUGGCUAAAAACAUGCCUGACCCAAUCACAGCUCGGGAGAGCAUCUGGCUUCCCUUCAUGGAGACGGAGCUGCACUGCGACGAGGAGACCAUCGUCAUAGGCCACAGUUCCGGGGCCAUUGCAGCCAUGAGGUAUGCAGAGACGCACCGGGUGUACGCCAUCGUGCUAGUGUCUGCGUACACGUCUGACCUGGGGGACGAGAACGAGCGAGCAAGUGGAUACUUCAGCCGCCCCUGGCAGUGGGAGAAGAUCAAAGCCAACUGUACCCACAUUGUGCAGUUUGGCUCCACUGACGAUCCUUUCCUUCCUUGGAAGGAACAACAAGAAGUGGCCGACAAGUUGGAAGCCAAAUUGCACAGGUUCACUGACCGUGGCCAUUUCCAGAACACGGAGUUUCAUGAACUGGUUAGUGUGGUCAAGUCCAUGCUGAAAGUACCAGAGUAGACGAGUGGUUCCUGCUGUUCUGCGUAACAACAUGGGCGUAGGGCAACGGUCAGCUUAUUAACAGAUGACAGUCACCUAUUAUCAGAUGAAUGUGGGCACACAAAGCAGAUCAAAUUAAGGUCCAGAAAUGCCUAAAAAACAGGUUUCAAUGUUCAAACUAAAUUACAAACAGCAUUUUCAUUUCCCAUAGAAUCUACAUCUCCUCAAAUUUCUAUGACCUAAAAUAGUAUUUUUCCCAUUUGGUAAGGAACAUGGGAGAGCUUAACCACCCUUACCUAUCCAAGUGAAUGAGACACAAACGAAACCAGGUUUUCUGAUCCCCAGUUCAGAUGAAAACUAAACAGGUUUCAUGUUAUGUUAUAGGAGUUGCACUCCUCUCUGACAUAAAACUUUUCUGUUAUUGGGGGAAGAAAACAUGACUUAAGGUCCAGAGUGUUGGUGAAGAGCUCAAAACACCAGCCUCUGUGGGGAGUGGGUCCAGGGUAUAACCCAGACCAAGGCCUUCCCCUUUGACCCCUGAUGCCUUGUCCUUAAACAUGUCGAGAAAGUGACACACAAGGAGGCCGAGGCAGGGGUCUGCAGGGUCAGGCUGGGGUUGAUCUAAGACCAGACAGGCCAAGGAUUAGGGCAGCGGGGGCACUCCUGCCAGGCCCUGUCUGAGUUGUUGCCAUGUGGGAGUUUGGCAAGGUAUUGCCAAUUUUCUGAUUUUUCAAGGAAAUAAAUUCAUAUGGUAGAUUCUGUAUUUAGGGACUCUUAAGUGUAUGUAUAUAUAAUCCGUAUACACACGAAUUAUGUUCACUCCAGAGACAUAUGGGUUACGUUAGCUGGCAACUACUGCAUAAAUAAAAAAUCUGCAAACACUGCAGGACACAGAGUCCAAGCCAUCAAUGUGUGACCUUUGCUAUAAGUACUCACUUAGCCAGUGCUUUAUGUGAUAUAAAGCCUGAGAAAUAGACAUACUGUCAAAGGAUGAAAUCAUGGGAACAAUCUAGAUUUUGUUACAGUCUUAAAUAUUUUUAAAAAUGAUCUUUCAGUGCCCCAAAUUUUGUUCUGUAACGUGUUCUAACUUUUAAUUUCCAUGUUCCUUUAGAUCUCUUUCAGCAUCAUUCCAUGAUUUUUCUUCUAAUCAUACGCCCUCAAAAAAACUCUUUUUCAUUUUCCAACAUUUUUUGGCUGUUAUGAUCCCCAAGUAAUGUCUCAAUCAAUUUCCAAUAAAUUCACACCUGGCAUUUGCUGCAGUAAUCUGAAUUCCCACACUGUUUAUACUUAACGAAGAUUCAAAGCCAUCAUUUGAACUUGGAAAGUCUUGAUUUCUAAAUAUGCUAAAAAAAAAAAAAUGUCAGGAGAGAUUCUCUAAACUUAUAGCAGUAAUUAUCUUAUGGGAUGGGAAUUUUGGUAGGUACGGUGUGGUGGACAUAUCCUUUUUACUUUAUAUACACCUGGGAAUUAUUUGAGUUUGUUGCACUGAAUGUGUCUUUUAUAACUAAAAAUAAAGAUUAAAAACAGCUUAUUUGACAAGUUAAUGAAAAGCAAAGUAGAUCAGUUGAAUAAUUUUCUUAGAGAGGCUAUGUAGCAUUGAUUUGACCAAGCCUGUAAUCAAAGUUUGAUUCUCUUUCAGUUAUUUGGAAGUAGUAAUUGUUCUACUUAUUCUCUGCCUUGUUUUCUGAAGUCCUUUCUUAAAACAAAUUACAAAUUUACACAAAUAACAGUUCAUAAUAUUUGCUGUCCUCUUUCUCUGUAGAAAAAAACAAAUACAUACAGUUGAGAAAUAAUUAACUUUGAUAUUCUUCAUUCCUAUAAAAAUAACUUAAAUACAGAGCCGUACAAUGGUUGAGUUGCGCCGCUCAGUAACCACAGGGCACCAGCAAAGAAAAUGUCAGUUCUUCAUUCACAGAAGCCACGACCUCAGGUGCUCACCAGCCGCAGGUGACUAGCAGCUUCCUUCCUGGACACAGAUACAGAGCAUUUCCAUCCUGAUAGAAGGUUCUAUUGGACAGCACUGUGCUAGAGCACGUGUUACAUUCUUCCCUCACCCACGAUCAAAGUAA